AUUUCAAGUUUGGAUGGUUGAACUGAAAGCAACGCCGAAGUUCUUUGAGGUUGUCGCAUAUAAUAUAGCAGUGUAUAGCGUUUUUAUUGUAUUUUCCUCAUACGGUGGUUGAUCGAUAUGUACAUAAAGUCUAUUGUACUAGAGGGCUUCAAGUCCUACGCCGAAAGGACGGAGAUUAACGGAUUUGAUCCGUUUUUUAACGCCAUCACUGGACUGAACGGCAGUGGAAAGUCGAAUAUACUGGACUCCAUCUGCUUUCUGCUCGGGAUUUCUAACCUAUCACAGGUUCGUGCCACUAAUCUCCAAGAUCUGGUGUACAAAAAUGGCCUGGCUGGGAUCACCAAAGCAACUGUGUCCAUCACUUUUGACAACUCCAACAAGAAACAGAGUCCACUUGGGUUUGAGACGCAUGAUGAGAUUACUAUUACACGACAGGUGGUCAUAGGUGGACGAAACAAGUACCUCAUCAACGGUGUGAACGCAAACAAUCUGCGAGUCCAGGAUCUAUUUUGUUCAGUUGGCUUGAAUGUCAACAACCCUCACUUUCUGAUCAUGCAGGAGGUUGGGGGGGUGUUGAAGACUCUGGAAGAGACCUUGUCUGAAGCACAGAGAGUGGACACAAAGGCCCAAAGCGCUCUGGACAUGAAGAAGCAAAAUCUGAAAGAUGAGACCAAGAAGAGAGAGGAGCUGGUCAAAAACAUGGAGGAGGAUAAGAUGAUGAUGUCAGCUAAGGAAGUGGAGGUAGUCAAGGCUAUGGAGCAGCUGAAAGCUGUGCAGGAGGAAGGGCAGAAGGAUGCAGAAGCACUGGAGGCGGCUCAGCAGCAUUUUAAGGCAGUGUCAGCUGGUCUCUCUGCCAAUGAAGAUGGAGCUGAAGCCACACUUAGUGGCCAGAUGAUGACCUGCAAGAAUGACAUGAGUAAAGCUGAGACGGAGGCCAAACAGGCUCAAAUGAAACUGAAACACGCUCAGCAGGAGCUGAAGACUAAGCAGGCUCAGGUCAAGAAGAUGGACAGUGGCUACAAAAAAGACCAGGACACAUUUGAGGCUGUGAAAAAAGGCAUAGAAAAGCUACAGGCUGAAAUGAAGAAACUCAACUAUGAAGAUGGACGAGAGGAGGGUCUGUUGGAGCAGAAGAGGCAGUGUUCACGGGACGUCAGUCAGCUCAGAGAAACCUACGAGUCCCUCAUGAGCCAAUUUCCCAACCUGCGCUUCGAAUACACGGACCCAGAGAAGAACUGGGACGGCAGUAAGGUGAAGGGUUUGGUGGCAAAUCUUUUCUCAGUGACUGAUGUGUCAAACGCUACAGCUCUGGAGGUGGUUGCUGGUGGUCGACUCUAUAACGUAGUGGUCGACAACGAGGUUACUGGAAAAAAGCUUCUGGAAAAGGGUGAACUUAAACGCAGAUACACUAUCAUUCCUCUGAACAAAAUCUCAGCACGUACCCUCAAUAACAAUGUAGUGCGCACUGCCAAAAACUUGGUCGGGCCAGAUAACGUGCACACAGCUCUGUCAUUGGUAGGUUAUGAAUCUGAGCUAAGGAAGGCCAUGGAGUAUGUUUUUGGAACUACGCUGGUCUGUGACACUUUGGACAAUGCUAAAAAAGUUGCCUUUGACAAAGGUGUGAGCACCAAAACUGUUACGCUUGGAGGAGACGUGUUUGAUCCUCAGGGAACCUUGACUGGAGGUGCACGUGCUCAGACGGCCUCCGUCCUGACUAAACUGGCUGAAGUGAAGGACCUUCAGGACAGUCUGAGGACUAAAGAGGCAGAACUCACCGCGGUGGAGUCUGAGCUCAGCAGCCUCAAGGGAACAGUUGAGAAAUAUCGUCAGCUUAAGCAGCAGUUGGACCUGAAGACUGAGGAGGCUCGGAUCCUGGAGACCAAACUCCAGCAGAGCUCCUUCCACAAGCAACAAGAGGAGCUGGAAAACCUGCGCAAGACCAUCGAAGAGUGUGAGGAAACGCUACUGAAGACAAAGGAGGUUCAGAAGAAGGCUGAAGAGAAAUACAAAGUUCUGGAGAACAAGAUGAAAAACGCAGAGGCCGAGAGAGAGAAAGAACUGAAAGCAGCCCAGCAGAAACUCAACCAGGCCAAAAGCAAAGCAGACGCCUACAACAAGAGACUGAAAGAGAAGCAGCAGGAGGCAGAAGCAGUAGCUCUGGAGUUGGAGGAGCUGAAGAGAGAACAGGCUGGAUAUGAGCAGCAGAUUCAGGCUGUGGAUGAAGCUCUCAAAGCCAUACAGGAGCAGAUCGACACCAUGACCACUGAGGUUUUGGCCAAUAAGGAGGCAGUGCGUGCUGCGCAGGAGCAGCUGUCCCAGCAGAAGGAAGUGAUUCUGGGACAGGAGAGAGAGAUUAAAGGAAAGACCGGAGAAGCAAAUCGUCUCCGAGAGCAAAACAAUGACGCUCAGCUCAAAAUCAAAGAGCUGGAACACAACAUCAGCAAACACAAGAAAGACAGCGCUGAUGCCACAGCCAAGGUGGCCCGCAUGUUAGCUGAAAAUGAGUGGAUCUCCUCGGAAAAGCAUCUCUUUGGCCAGCCUAACACUGCCUACGACUUUAAAACCAACAAUCCCAAAGAGGCUGGACAGAGGCUGAAGAGACUCGAGGAGACGAAAGACAAGCUGGAGAGAAACGUCAACCGCAGGGCCAUGAACAUGCUCAGUGAGGCCGAGGAGAGGUACAAUGAUCUGAAGAAGAAAAAGAGAAUAGUUGAAAAUGAUAAAGCCAAAAUCCUGGAAACAAUUGAAGAGUUGGACCAGAAAAAGAAUGAGGCUCUCAAUGUGGCGUGGCAGAAGGUGAAUAAGGAUUUUGGCUCUAUAUUCUCCACCUUGUUGCCUGGGGCAAAUGCCCGUUUGGCUCCACCUGAGGGCUGCGGUGUCCUGGACGGGUUGGAGUUUAAAGUGGCUCUAGGGAAAACGUGGAAAGAGAACCUGACAGAGCUCAGCGGUGGUCAAAGGUCUCUGGUGGCACUCUCUCUGAUUUUAGCCAUGUUGCUGUUCAAACCCGCUCCCAUUUACAUCCUGGAUGAAGUGGAUGCUGCUCUUGAUCUCUCACACACGCAAAACAUCGGACAGAUGCUGAGGACACACUUUACACACUCACAGUUUGUGGUGGUGUCUCUGAAAGAUGGAAUGUUCACCAAUGCAAAUGUGCUCUUCAAGACCAAAUUUGUGGAUGGAAUCUCCAUGGUCACUCGCACGGCACAAACACAUGAGGGAAAAGCUUUGGCCCAGCGCACCAAGGAGAAAGCCAGGGACAAACGCCAGCGACAGAUACUGGCCAGCUAAAUGCUUGCUGUCUGCACAAAUUUUUCAAGCCAGAUGUAUUAAGCUUUUAUUACUUUCAUUUGAGAAAAUGAAAUGGUAUAUUUAAAAAUGUUAGUACUAAAAGCUUUCUGGACACACUAGAUUUGUGCGUCUAAUGCAUGUAAAAAAUGUCUCUGUAAAUCACCUUUCCAUUGCCAAACGCUGUUGUAUUCACACACAUUUUCUCCACAUUAUGGAGUGCAGUUGCUAUGCUACUUUUUAAUCCUGUUCAUCUCUGUUUUCUCUCUCUCUGUAUGCUUUAUUUCAGUAUAUUUGUUUGUAGGUUGACUUUUUGUCUUCUCAAACUUUGCAAGCUAGUUUUGUAUAAAUAAAAUGUCAAAAAAAGGUAGUGGUG